CCACAGCUUUCUGGAUGUAAAUUGAUGAGGUCAUAGUGUUUUCCAGUUAGCAAAAAAAAAAAAGAAAAGUUUUUUUUUUUUAAGUCUUCAACUUGUUUUUCAAGAGAGACGGAAACACGGAGAAGCUGAAGGAAUGGAGCAACUAGCAAAACUCCUUCUGUGGCAGCUUUUGCUUCAGCAAAGUUCUGUUGUUUAUUUAUAUUCAGUGCCAGCUGAUGCCUCAAACCCAGACAGCGUUGUAGUGUCAGUGUUAAACAUCAGUGCAACCCGGGGCUCGCAGGCUGUCCUGCCAUGCAAGAGUUACCGCAUGGUGUGGACUCAGGACCGCCUGAACGACCGCCAGCGUGUGGUGCACUGGGAUGUGUACAGCACCUACUAUGGAGACAACAAGAUGGAGAGGCUGUGUGACAUGUACUCAGCAGGAGAUCAGCGUGUCUACAGCUCCUACAACCAAGGGAGGAUCUUAAUGCCCCAGAACGCAUUUACAGAUGGCAACUUCUCACUGGUGAUCAAAGAUGUUGCAGAGAGUGAUGCAGGUAUAUAUUCGUGUAAUCUUCAUCAUCACUACUGCCACUUGUAUGAAACUGUGAAAAUUCAACUAGAUAUCACUAAGAAAGCCAAAGCAGCCAAAGAGUACUGGGAUGGAGAGAAGGCUGUGAUUGUUGCCUUGGAAGGCAGUACUGUGAUGCUCCCUUGUGUCAACCGGAACCACAUCUGGACCGAACGGCACAGCGAAGAGGAGCAGCAAGUGGUCCAUUGGGACAGGCAGCCCCCAGGGGUUCCCCACGACCGCGCUGACCGCCUCAUUGACCUCUAUGCCUCUGGUGAGCGCCGCUCUUACGGGCCUCUCUUCAUUCGGCAGAAGAUGAACAUCACUGACACAGCCUUUGCCCUGGGGGACUUUUCCCUGCGAAUUUCUGAGCUGGAAAAUGCAGACGAAGGCACUUAUUCCUGCCACCUGCACCACCAUUACUGCGGCCUGCAUGAGCGCAGGAUCUACCAGGUCUUUGUGACAGAGCCAGUGAGAGAGAAGAAGGUGGUGAACCUCACAACCCACAACACUGCCCCGGCCGUAGAUCCAAAUGUUGUCAGGGGGCACAAUGUGAUAAACGUCAUCAUCCCUGAGAGCCGCAUCCACUUCUUCCAGCAGCUGGGCUACGUCCUGGCAACGCUGCUGCUCUUCAUCGUCCUGCUCAUCAUUGUUGUCUUCAUCACCCGCAAGCGCAGGCAGAGAGGUUAUGAAUACAAUGUGAAGAAAUAUGGAGAGAAGGAUGUAAAUCUUAAAGAAUUUACAGUCGACACAACAGAUCUGACUCAGUACAAGAGUGAAGACAUCAGGCUGGAUUACAAAAACAACAUCCUGAAGGAGAAGGCUGAGCAAGCCAGAAGUUUCCCAGCAAAGAACAUUGAUUUAGACAAAGAUUUCAGGAAGGAAUAUUGUAAAUGAAGACAUUCCCAAGCUGCUGGCUGGACCAGAAGCUUCAAUCCAAGAUAGAUGGAAAAGAGAUGCCUUUCAUAAUACCACGUCCCUCCAGUUACCAUACAUUUUUCAUGUAGAGUUUCUCCCCAGUAAGCAUGAGGGUAUUUGCAAAUGCUUCCUGAAAGAGUUAGGCCAUCUGUCUUGCGUGCAUUUAUGAUGGGUUUGGGUUUACUUUUCUUCUAUUGUUCUCCCAGUCCUCCCUCCCAUUUUCUUUCUGAUAUUAUUGUUGUUUUUAUGCAUCAAUGAUUUUUAUGAGCUGAAUCAGCAGACCUUUUGCUUUGAUGUUACUGCUUUAAAUAAACCAACCUGCAACACCAAUCUUAGCUAUCAUUAUAUCAGGCAUUUUUUUCAUGCAAUGUACUCAUUAGAAAAGUAAUAGCAAAGCCUGAUUGUGGUCUCUCAUAUGCUGGUGUACAUUGAGAGGAAGAGUACUGUCACUUAGCACUUUAUAUAUUCCAGGUACAAAGAAUUGCUUAUUCAGCCCUGCACAAAUAACAAUAUAAAUACCUCAUCAUACAAACAGGGAAAUGUCAACAUCCUCAUUUUAUAGGGGGAAGGGAGGCAGACAAAUCUAGUUGCCACCAAUAUAGUGUUGGGAUCAGCUCCAAAGAGCUCUGGGAGUCUAAAUUUGUAUUUCUCACUCUAAGCUUGUCUGUUGAUUUGUUUUUGUUUCAGUGCAAACCAAACCAAAUUUGUCAGGAGCAGACACUUCCAGCUGCAGUUGGAGGUACAGUGCUGUAAUGCCAGUGUCAGUUAGAUCAGAUCCAGAAAUAUUAUGGACAGAGCUAAGCUCCUGUGUGGAAUCUGGAGCAUGAUUUUCCUGCAGUCCUUGAGUGGAUCCUCCCCACACAGUUCUUGUGAGCUCAUCACAGAAAAAGGUACGAUUACAGCACAGUUAGACUAACUGUUGAAAAGAAUAACUUCCACAAGCCAACCAUGAGGAGCAAAACUAACAAUGCAUUCCACCAAAUAGCCUGUCAGGCACUGUCGUGGAUCAUGGUCCCCAAAAGAAGCAGCCAGGAAGGGAUAUGAGUUUACUCUUGUAGGUUUUGGCAUUGUUCUGGGGAGCGUAAGUGUGAGGCUGUGGGCUGAAGGGCAAGAAUUCUGUAUCUAAUUCUACUAUAUCAGGUGGGGGUGUCCAAACAUUUGGAAGUCAGUAAUUACGUGUUACACUACAAGCAAGGUAAGUUGUCAGGAAAGCCAGAAAAUAGUAACAGCUCCAUACAGUCUCUCUGACUGCUUGAGAUAUGCUGUGGCACCAUUCCCAAACCAUGGCACACCUGUGGUCCUUUUGUGCAUGGAUGAAAAUAAGGUUUCCUGCAGUUGGGAGUGUGAUGGCAACAGCUUGUGUUCUCAUGGAAGCAUGUAGCUGGCCAGGGAUUGCCAACUUACUCUUUGAGUGUCUGAAGAGAAGAGCAGAGGAAGGGAUUGAGCAUGGGUAAGGUGACUGGAGCUGGAGCAAGGUCUCCGGGAUGUUGUGAGUGGUGGAAGUGUGAAGAGGAGCUUGUGUGGAACUACUGUGAGUGUCAGGAGUGGUUUCAGGCUUGAAGCAGUGCUCUGCUUGCAGCUGCUGCCUCAGUGUGGAUUUCUUCCUGUUGUGGAGAAUCCUGAGAUCUUUGCUGGUGAUAAAGUAGCUGUCCAAGGAAGCAUCUCCAUUUACCACCUAAACAACUGAGAAUAUCAUCUGCUGCCUUCUACAGUGUGUGUCCUGGCAGUUACAGCCACUCUCAUCACUUACCACACGUCAGUGCUAUGUAAUAGGGGUACAGGUUUGGCCAAAAUGGAAAGUGAUGUCAUGGUUGGGUGAAAGUACCUACUGCAGGCACACAUACUGUAAAGGUCCAGGGCUUUUUUGAGAGCUAUUCAACACUGUGGGCCUCCCAGACAUAGGAAUCAAGUCUUGUGCAGACCCUUUCUUUCCACUGCUACCAACCUGGAUGUCUGAUUUACUGAUGCUCAUGCUACAGCUGAGCAAAUCCUGAUCUUAUGAUUUGUUCAGUUCUCCUGCUGUUCUCCAGGCAAUUUCUGUCAUUUCUGCCUUUCUUUCCACUUCAAGAUACGCUUGUACAAGAGAGUUCAGAGUAGGCAGACUGAAGACUGGUGGUAAGGAGGGCGUGGGGUUGGGCCCAGGUCCUUAUUUGCUUUCCCUUCUCCCAGGGUGUUCAGCCAUUCCUAGGUUGCCUUUGGCAGGAUCUGAUUGGAACCCAGGCUGCAUUCCUGCAGGUGUGUAAGGCUGCUCUGGUUAUUCCAUCAGGGUGGCACAGACUCAAAUAAUUGCCAUUAAUCUCUUUCUCCCUCCCUUUCAUGUCUGUGAGUCAAAGGUUGGAGAUCUUUACUUGCCAGUUCAAAUUGCUUAGCACAGCUCAUACAGACAUCAGCUCAAAGUGGGGUUACUCAUAAACUCCAUUUAAAUAUUUUAUUGGACUUCUAGGCUGCAAAAUAGCUUAAGGGGAAAGAAAUGUAUUUGUUCUCUGAAACAAGUGCUAGGAAGAACUUGAUGAGUUCCUCAUCCUCGCUUUGAUCCCAAGUUUGAAUUUGGAUAAUGGUCAGACAAAGCAGUAUAACUUUGACUGAUCAGAAUGGGAGACCAGGUUGAGAUCGUGGUCCUUUUUCAUCAGCAGAGGCAUACGUUGUGUGAUUGGGCUGAGGAUCAGCACAGUGGCUUUUAAAAGCAGCCUGCCACAUCCAGUGUGUAAUUUGCUAAGUUAAAAUACUGGCUGAAGGAGAUCCAGGCAAGAUUGCUGGCUAUCGACUGGUGUGUUUUCAAACUGUUGAAAGAAACCAGAAAACUGAGCCCUAAGCUGAAGAGGUUUUUAUUUUUGUUUCUUAGUUCAGAGAGUUAACAAGGGCUGUGUGCCCUCCACUACUGGUGAGAAGCCAUCUUUUGCUUGUUUUGUGGUGGGGCUUGGUAGGUGAUGGUUGAUGGUUGGACUUGAUGGCCCUGAAGGUCUUCUCCAACCUAAAUGAUUGUGAUCUUGCACGUGGACAUUAGGAGUGGAUCUACAGUCUGGAUUUGUAGGUGACCACUAGCUCAGGGACAGACUGUGUUCUGUUCCCACCCUGCCAGAGGCUUGAUGUGAUUCUAGGCAGGUUGGCUUUCUCUUUCUCCCAUCUCUCAUCUCAGCCUUUCUCUCUGAGAAAUGAUCUUGUCUGAGUUACUUGAGACUUAUGGUUUUCUUAUGACUUUAUCUAUCUUGAUAGGAAAACUGCAAUGCAGGUGGGUUUUUUCCACUGAUGCUCAUGCUUGUCUUGGCUUUGUUACUCAGUCUGUCUUCUGUAAACUCAUUCAUUAGCAACUAACUGCGUUUGUUAAUCACUCUAAGAAUGCUGUAACCUGUAAUAUAUGCUUUCCCUCAUUUUAUCAUUACAUGAUAAUUUGCAGGAGAGAGUACGUGUGUGCAAAUUGUAGGCUUAGAUUAGUGAAGAUGACAUAAUCAUGAUCUUAAUUGGACGUAAAUAGAGAGGAAGGAAAAUAAGUACAGAUGAAAGAGCGAAGGACCUGCAUGGAGUCAGUGACUUGUAAAAAGGAGAAGAAAGUGAAAGAGCCCAUUUCAGAGAGGCUGGGGAAAAAAAUUUCUUUCCAUAAGAUGAGGUCUUAAUUGAAGAGUAAAAGAGCUUAAUUUGAAUGGAAGCUCAUGCAGCUGUACAGGCAAACAGUGCGUGUUGGAAGGUUGGUUGUGACUUCUGCCAGUCUGAUCCUGUGGACUGAGAGCAUCAAUGGCUGGAGCAUGCUUUUUCAGUUCAGUUAUCUUUGAAAUACAUGCAGCUAGUGCAUUUUAAGGCUGUUUCGUAAUGCAAACCAAAGGGUGCUAUGUGGGAACACUGGGAUUUGUUCUCAGACACAGUUCUGAUACAAAGUGCUGCAGCAAAUGAACCCUUUGAGUUCAUUUGGCUGAUACAAAUGAAGUUCCAAUGCACUUUUGUAUUUCUGCAACUGGAUGACGUAGAAACAGGGGAGAACUGAAGUGAGGAAACAGUCACACAAUGUAAUGUUUGUUUGCCAGAAGAUGCAGAAGGCCACUGGCAUAACAGGCUGGAAAUAGAGCCCUUUCUUUUCUGCUCCAUGCAUGCAAUGCUUCCUCUCAAGACUGUGGGGAAGACCUGGUCCGUGCAUCUUGUUUCAUUCUUCAUUGUUGCAGAAUUAAUUUUCAUGAUUAUUGUUACUUUUACCAUUUGUCCUUGCUGUGUAACUCUCCUAGCAUUUAAGAAAUAAAGGAGAACGUAAUAGAGUUUCAA